GUUACCAGCCUCUUCAUCUCCAGGACCCAGACACCUAGUGCUCACCUACAUGGAGCCCUAUCGGUCCUUGGCUCUACUCACUGGCUCCCUGGGCCUGGUGACCAUCCUGAUUGCUCUGAGUACGGAUUUCUGGUUCGUGGCUGUGGGGCCCAGCUUUACAUUUCAUUCGGGCCUCUGGCCAAAGGGGGUUUAUAACAAAGUAGCAGACUACAUCCGUGCGACGCAGAGCCUCACCAUUCUGGCUGGUCUGUCGGUCCUGGUGUCGGUGAUCUUCCUGGUCCUGUCCUACAUCCCCUUACUGUCCCUUCCAGGCCACGGGCGCCUCGUCUCCUCUGUCACAGCCUUUGCUGCAGGCCUUUUUGCGAUGGUGGCCAUGGUGGUCUAUACCAGUGAGCGGUGGAACCAGCCUCAAAGCCCCCAGGUCCAGACCUUCUUCUCCUGGUCCUUCUACCUGGGCUGGGUUUCGACUGUCCUGUUGCUCUGUACAGGUAGCCUGAGUCUGAGUGCUUAUUGUAGAGCCUCCCGGCCUGGCUAUGACACCUUGUGAGCUGAAGGCGAGACCAGGAGGAAGAAGCAGUAGUCACAGAAGAUGUCGUCAGGAGCCGCAGGCACCCACAGGCCUCCCUCUAGCCCUUACCCCUAGCCCUCCUGAGACCCCUUCAUUUGUUUCUUCAUCCGUUCAACAA